CGCUUUGCUGGAGCUGAAGGCAUUUCGGGAAUUCCCUCGCUGGUUGCCAGAGGAAACCUGAGACGAAGCGCCGCGGCCACUAGGUUGACUGCAAAGGCUCCUGAAUGAGACGCCAGGCGAGGACCACCCCGGCCGGCUCCAGCCGAUGACUUCCCCCAAGCUCAGCCAGCCUCCAGGCUCUGCUGCGCCCUCGGUGCAGCCUGCAAGCGGGACAACUGAAAGGAAGGCGGCCAGUUAGCGGGUAGGGGCCUCCCAAGCGCCCUUUUGCCCAACCGGUCCUGGGCGGCGCUCCCAGGGCAAGGCGAAGAGGCUCCGGCCGGCCAGCCUGCACGUUGCCCCGGGCGCUUGGGCUCUCCCCAGCCACGCGCGGAUGGAUUCCUUCGGCGGGCUCCGGCGGCUUCUCCUGCUGCUGGCUUGCGUUCCUCUGCAGAGCGGGCAAGAAACUUCAGUGGAGAGCUGCUGUGCAAGUGGAUACGAAUGGGCAAGUCAGAAAAGAGACUGCAGCUCUCUGCCCUUGAAUCUCAGCUCCAGAGAAUGCAGCAUCGCACAGGAGCAGUGCUGUCUCAGUCAUGUGGAGGAGCGGCAUUGUACCUCUGGAAUCGCUCUUGCCAGCAAGCCAGAAGGCUGCGAGUCACACGAAGGUAAUUCUACCUAUGAAGACAAAAUCGUGAAGAAAUGCUGUUACUGCUGCUUUAUGGGGAAGGUGGCCCGAAAGCAAGGGAACAGCUGUGAGCAGAGUCUGCAGAUGGGAUACCAGUGUGGACUGGUCUUCAGAGCUUGCUGUGUUGAGGGGCAAGAAGGCACUGACCCAUUGAGUGUUGACAGUCCCAACAAAGGUAAGGUCUUAUUGCCAGUAGAGGUUGACCACGAGGAUCCCUACCGUCAUGACCGUUGCAGAGGUGGUGGCCCCUGCACCCAGCAGUGCAGGGAUACAGGGUCCAGCGUUCUCUGCUCCUGCUUUAUGGGCUACCAGCUCCAGCCGGAUGGGUUCACUUGCGAAGAUAUCAAUGAGUGUAUCACUGGAGACCACAAUUGUGGCAUUGGACAAAGGUGUAUCAAUACGCAAGGAUCUUUUCGUUGUCAGCGUGAGACCAGUUGUGGAACUGGUUAUGAGCUAACGGAAGAAAACCUUUGCAAAGAUAUUGACGAGUGUGAGACUGGUACUCAUAACUGCCUCCCCGAUUUUAUCUGUCAGAAUACUCCAGGAUCCUUCCGUUGCCGACCCAAGCAACAAUGCAAGAACGGCUUUAUACAAGAUGCAUUAGGCAACUGUAUUGAUGUUAACGAAUGCUUGAGUGAGAAUGUACCUUGUCCACCGGGCCAGACAUGCAUCAACACAGAUGGCUCUUUUGCUUGCCAGAGGACUGUGCCAAAUUGUGGCCGGGGCUAUCACCUGAAUGAAGAGGGUACAAGAUGUGUCGAUGUGGACGAGUGUUCGGCACCUAAUCAGCCAUGUGGAGAAGGUCACGUUUGUAUCAAUUCCCCCGGCAGCUAUCGCUGUGAAUGCCGACUGGGCUACUACUUUGAUGGAAUCAGUAGAUCUUGCACUGAUGUGAACGAAUGCCGACGUUACCCUGGUCGCCUGUGCGCUCACAAAUGCGAAAACACUCCUGGAUCUUAUUACUGCAGCUGUACCAUGGGUUUCAGACUUUCAUCUGAUGGGAGAUCAUGCGAAGAUCUGAAUGAAUGUGAAAGUAAUCCCUGCAGCCAGGAGUGUGCUAACGUGUAUGGUUCCUAUCAGUGCUACUGUCGUCGGGGCUAUCAGCUUAGCGAUGUGGACGGGAUCACCUGUGAAGAUAUUGAUGAAUGUGCCUUACCGACUGGAGGACAUAUCUGUGCCUAUCGGUGCAAUAAUGUUCCAGGGAGUUUUCAGUGCACUUGCCCCUCCUCUGGUUAUAAGCUGGCACCAAAUGCACGGAAUUGCCAAGAUAUUGAUGAGUGUGUUUCUGAAACGCAUACCUGUUCAUACAACGAGACCUGCUUUAACAUUCAGGGAGGUUUCCGUUGUCUUUCUUUGGAAUGUCCAGAGAAUUAUCGCAAAUCCGGUGAUACAGUCAGACAUGAGAAGACAGACACUAUUCGUUGCAUUAAGUCAUGCCGACUGAAUGAUGUCAACUGUGUGUUGGAUCCAGUUCAUACCAUUUCCCACACUGUCAUUUCGCUGCCCACCUUCAGGGAAUUUACAAGGCCAGAAGAGAUUAUAUUCCUUCGUGCCAUCACCCCGGCCUACCCCGCCAACCAGGCAGACAUCAUCUUUGACAUCACAGAAGGAAAUCUACGGGAUUCAUUUGAUAUUGUGAAGCGUUACAUGGAUGGCAUGACUGUGGGUGUGGUUCGCCAGGUGAAGCCUAUCGUUGGUCCCUUCUAUGCCACCCUGAAGCUAGAAAUGAACUAUGUUGUGGGAGGGGUCGUUUCUCACCGCAACAUUGUCAACGUGCACAUCUUUGUUUCAGAAUACUGGUUCUGAGCACUCUUGCAACCUUGAGGCAAGCCGAAGUGCCACGGGAAGAGUUAAUACCACUGCCAACUCUAAAAACUUAUAUACCUUUUGUAUGUUUUGUGGGGGUCUUCUAAGACCAAAUACCUUUCUUUUUGAAGAUCAUAUCUGGUUCAUUGUUUAAAUAAAAGCCAAGUACCAAAGUAUCUAAAAUAGGAUGGCGCAGUCUUACCUAGUUGGAUUGUUUGGAUGGUAUAAAUAAAUCAAGUGUCUGGAAGACCUACUCCUAAAGGUCUUCCAGUAGCCCUUGAGACAAGAGGCUGCAUGCAAAAUUUUGCCAGCUCAGAGUCUUCCCUAUCUUCAUCCGUAAAGUUUCUUAGAGCGCCUUGCUUGUCUAUGUGGUUAACUUUUCUGCUAUAAAAACCAGAAAGUCACUUAACCGUCCUAUCAAUUUGGGACCAUAAGGCAUAUGUUAAACUUUCACUCCUAAACUACUUUGUAAUCUCUGUAUUCUCCUAUGAUAAAAGGACGGGUUGUUUUGUGAAGUUUCAAGUGCCCUUCCAUAAACCCAAUUAAAGUGACUGUGGAAUGUGGAACUACUUACAUCCAACUCCGGAGUCUAAAUGAAGUCAUUUGGUGCUUUUUAUAAGGAGGUGUUACUAAUUCUGUGGCCUGUUUCCAAUGAGCUCUGUGGCUCAUUCUGCAUCUCCAGGGAGACUUUGGACUUUCCAAAACAUCAGUCCCUCUUGUGACAUGGCAAACCUCUUUUGAAACUGAGGGGACUGUCAAAAGCAGUUUGAGAAUAUGCUGUUCACAAGGGGGAGGGGCAAGUGUAAAAUACUCUACUGGACAGUCCAGAGCUUUUGCACCAUUCUUAUUCAUAUCUCCAGGCAGUGUGCAGUUGAACUCUUUCAACUCUGAAGUUGGAAAGGUCAGGAAUAACACACACACACCCCAGGAAACAACAUUCAAAAUCAUUGCAAUCUCCAAAUGCCAUCCCUGUAUGGCUGCAAACCAUAAACACAAUCACAAUCUUGGAUUUUUGGAGUGAAUUUGGAUUGAGCAAAAUGCUCUUGAAUACUUGCAAGGGUUGAGCUCCUAACUGGAUUGCCUCGGUGGUUUUUGUUGAAAUUCAUCUUGCACAGCAGCCUGUGGGCCAGUCCUGCUGUGGGAAAUAAGUAACAAAUAACAAAACUGGCUAUAUCUGAUCAAUUGCCAGUGAUGAGGCAAGUAUCCCCCAGGGUCAUGAAAGAGAUCUAGUUUUCCAGAAUGCAAUGGCUUGCAGUUUGUCCUGUAUGUGCAGUCAGGUGCAUCCUUUAUUUUAUUAUAUUUAUUUUUAUUUACUUCAUUUAUCCCUUGCCAUUCUCCCCAGUGGGGACCCUAAGUGGCUUUCAGUGUUAUCCUUUCCUUCAUUUUAUUCUUACAACUGCCUUGGGAGGUAGACUAGGCUAAGAGUAUGUAACCGGUUCAAGGUCACUCAGCAAGGUUCCAUAGCAGAAUGGGGAUUCAACCUGGGUCUUCCAAAUCCUAGUUUGACCUUCUAAUAGCUAUAUCAUGCUGGCUUUCUUUACAAGAUAAAUGUUGAAUUUUGCUUCUUGAACUGACUGCAAAAACUGAUUGCAUGAUUAACUAGGUUCAUCAGCAGACACCAAAGACACACUGAGACAUCUGUGUAAUAAGUCUAAGCUCAAAAUUCCAGUUUCCCCUCUAUUAGCUAUGUGUCCUUUAACAAUGGAAGGAUUCAGCAUGUGAUGGGAGAGGGGCAGAGAUGCAGCUACAAGAUAACCAACUAGUCAUAUGAGAAAAUGAUGUAAUUAUACAAACAGAUGCAACUGCAUUGGUUUGUACUCAUGUGAACAGUUUAGUGAACCAUCGGCCUCCUAAUCCCAACCAGUGAGCGGGACAUGAACCAAACCCAUACAACUCAUUGUAACUCUGUACAAUAAACAAUAAUCUUUUUAAAAUAAAGUUUCACAUUUUACAUCA